AUGACAACAGUUAGCAGCGGAGGAGUUGGCCUAGAUCCAGAAAUGAACCGGCAAGUGUUCCAUAGUAUCUACGAGAUCUACACCACAGAGUGUCAAUAUGCUCGUGAUAUGGCCUGCGUCGUCCAAAUCUACCUUGCUAGAAGCUCAGCUUCUGGACUUUCAAUAAAACAAUUAACUGUGCUUUUUGCCAGUAUCAAUGACAUUCUCAAUAUAAGUCUUUCCUUCGUGGCGGUUCUGGAAAACAUGGUACCUAUGCCAAUUCUUGCUGGCUGGAAACACACAUCAAAGGCGCCCUCCCUCACCUGCGUAACUUUCAUUGGCGAUGCAAUGCUGAAAAUUUUGGAGCCCGAAACAUACGGCGUCUAUGAGCAUUAUAUACAGAACCAUCCAAGGCAAAUGAGGAUAUGCCGCGGCCUUUCCUCAGACCCUAGAACGCGAGUUGGGCGGUGGUUAUACGAGAGUGAACAGCGGGCACGGGACCACACUUCGGCUGCUUCCUUAGAGGCGCUUCUCAGCGAGCCUGUUCACCGGCUAGGCGGAUACCUACUUCACAUGAGGGCGAUACUAGCAAUGAUACCAAAUGACCACGCCGACUUUCAAUCGGUGCUUAAAGCUCACAAUAGAGUUACUCACUAUAUUGAAUGUAUAAACAAGCGGGUCUAG